GGAACUGCACCUCGCAGGGCCGACGAACCUGCGAGAGUUCACGUUUGUUUUCCGACUAAUUACAUGUAUAACCUAGCGGGCUGACGGCUACCAUUAUACACUUCUUAAAAGUAGCCCCUUUUCGUCGUAGACGUGGAUUUAUUGUUAGUUUCGCAUCAUAACAGGAAGUUGGUCCGUUUAAGAAGCUGGGUGUGAAAGUGAAAGUAUUAUUGUGUGAAGGGGAAACCAAUGACAGCAGCAUUAUAUUGCCUUUUCUCCACAGUUGCUAUUUCGGAGAGAAGAGUGGAACAACCAUGACGAACCUUUGGUCCAUUUGGAGUCUCUCCUUGGUUACUUUUGCCUGCUUUGGCCGAGGCUGCAGCAGCCAUUGUCCCGUGCUGGAGUGCUGGUUCCUGCAGGAGAAGAAGCAAGGAGGAGCUUCCGGCAGCCAGGAAAAGAUCCUGCUUGACGUGGGGACAGAAGGCCAUCAUCGUGCGGCGAGCCGGCACGCAGCACCUGACUCCAGCAUCCGGACAAUCUACUCGGUGGAGGAUCCGGCCGCAACCCUCUGCCACCGCUCGCUCCGCCCACCCAGCGGCUCCACCAACAAGCCCCUGUGCGAGAUCAGCUCCUUCCUGCCGCAGCCCUCCUCCGUCAAAUGGGCCGCCUCGCUCACUGAGUCCGCCCUCAGCCCCAUACACCUGCAAGCCGACUGGUUGGCCGGCACUCUCCAGGGGGUUGGCGGGGAACUGAGCGUCUCCAGUGUCCUGCGCGCCGCCACGGGCACCAGCGAGCUGGACGUGGUCCUCAGCGUGACCACUACAACGGUCGCGGUGAAGGCCAGACUCAGCGAGCCGGUGCUUCUGGACUGUCAGUUCUGGGCCGACCCCGCCUCGCCACAGUCCGGCUUCGCCGUCGAGUGGCGCUACCAGUACAGAGGCAGCGGCCAAUUGAUUCUGGCUUACGACGGCAAGGCGGACCGGCUGUCAGACACGCUGGAGGAAGGUGCCAUGAUGGACAUUGCUGAGCUGCACCGCAAUGGAAAUGCUUCCCUGAUCCUGCAGAAAGCCAAAGUGAGCCACUCCGGGACGUACAUCUGCAUGGUGUACCGGCCGCACCUCCUGGCUCAGGUCACCAUGGAGCUGGAGAUCGCAGAACCGCCUUCCUUGUCCAUCUACCCCACCUCUCUGCCCCUGACUGUUGCCGGGCAGAGUUUGACGGUUCACUGUGAAGCCUCGGGCUUUGCCCCAUACGCGCUGGAGCUGAGCUGGGAGUUGAAAAACCCGGAUGGAACGACCCGACCCUUGGGACCCGGCCGCCUAACCGGCCACAGGCAGGCCUGGGACGGAACCUACAGCCAGGACACCCGGCUGGAGCUGGACACUUCCACGCUGGACCUGGGCAGAGGAGGGGAGGUCACCUGCGUGGGGCAGCAUUCCGGAGGAACGCGGCGGGCCAGCGUGACCCUCAGAAUCAUCGGCUUCAGCACGCCGUCCAUCGAGGACUCCAUGGCGAUGGUGGGCGUGGCGCUGGUGCUCUACGGCCUCAUCAAGUUUGUCUCUUGGACCUUCAUCCCCUCAGGCUCAAGUGAAGCUGCUGAAUCAAACAAGAAAGAGAAGUGAAGAUGCAGCUCUGGACUUGCCCUCCUUAUAACACUGGAAGUUUUUUAUAUUUUUGAAAUGCAUUUUUUAAAAUGCUCCACCACUCACAUUUGACAAAAUUAGCUAUUUGAAUAAAGUGAGUGGAACUGAAGGUGUUCUUUUUUCACUUUCACUUUCAUUUGUGUUUUCUGCUGUUCUCUGGUGUUUAUGUUUUUUAAAUCAUAAUUAAAGGUGUGUUUCCCACAAGAAAUGUAAAACGUCUGACAAAUAUAACAAUAAAGUCAAUACAUCAAUUAUUA